GGCCUCUUGGAGGCUUCCGGCCAGUUCAGAGGAGGGUGCAGAGGUAGCCUGGAACCCAGACACUUGCUGCACAGCUAAGGGAACGACAGUCUUCUCUCCCUGGAAAGCCUGGCAUUGGCUUUUACCAUCUGUAAAAUGUGUGCAUGAUUCUCCUAUGGUGAUGGGGGUGUGGGUGGGACCAGCCCGCCUUCUGAGUGUCUGAGUCCCUUCUCUCAGCUUAGGUGAAAAAAACUUCCUUCUCACAGCAUCAAGGGAAGUGUCUCCUCAGAGAGAAAAGCAGAAAGAGGAGCGACACUCACCCUCAAAGAAUGUCCCAGAACAGGGACCGAGGUUUCAAGGACAGAAAAAUUGUCCUCAGGUUCUCUUGAGCUUGGCUUCCGGGUACAGGUGGGACACAGCUGACACCUCUUCACAGGCAGCCCCCUGCCUCCGACUCCUCAGGGCCUGGGGAGCGCACCCUCCUGUCUGGAUACUAAGCUCCACAUCUCCACUCUGGGAUGACCUCCCUGCCCGCGCCCCGGGAACCCCUGCGCCGUGUGGCUGUGAUUGGGGGCACCCACGGAAAUGAGAUGUGUGGCGUCCACCUGGCCCGGCACUGGCUGAAGGCCCCAGGGGAGCUGCAGAGAGCCAGCUUCUCGGCCAUGCCAGUUCUGGCCAACCCGGCAGCCACAGCUGCCUGUCGCCGCUACAUGGACCGAGAUCUUAACCGUACUUUCACCCUUACCUUCCUCCGUUCCGAAGCCACCCCCGAUGACCCGUAUGAGGUGACGAGAGCCCGAGAGUUGAACCAGCUCCUGGGGCCCAAAGGCACAGACCAGGCCUUUGACUUUAUCCUGGACCUGCACAACACCACAGCUAACACUGGCGUCUGCAUCAUCUCUGAAUCUCCCUACACCGUGUUCAACUUGCACCUGUGCCACUACCUACAGAUGCAGAACCCGGACCUGCCCUGCCGCUUCUUGGAGUACGAAACAUCCCAGAAUGAAACCUACAGCUUGGAAUCUGUGUCCAAGAAUGGAAUCGCUCUGGAGAUAGGCCCCCAGCCUCAGGGCGUGCUGCGGGCUGACCUGUUCUCCCAGGUGAGAGCCCUGGUGAUGUCCAUCCUGGACUUCAUCGAGCUCUUCAACCAAGGCAAGGCCUUCCCCGCCUUUGAGAUGGAGGGCUACAGGAAGUUAGGCGCCGUGGACUUCCCACGCACCUCCGACGGCGGUCUGGCCGGCACUGUGCACCCUCGGCUACAGGACCAUGACUUUGAGCCACUGAGGCCUGGUGAUCCCAUCUUCAAGCUGUUCAGUGGUGAAGAUGUGCUGUAUGAAGGGGACUCCAUUGUAUACCCUGUGUUCGUUAAUGAGGCCGCCUACUACGAGAAGCACGUGGCUUUCCUGAAAUCUGAGAAGAUCCAGAUCUCAGUGCCUGCUCUGCCAGGGCUGACCUCCAGCCCCACCGUGGCUUCCUAACCCAAGUCAUACCUCAGUUUCCCUAUCUGAACAAUGGGUCCCAAGGCACAGUCCCAAGCCCAGGAUCCCCAUCCCACCCUGGGCACCAUGUCUUUGCCAGACAACCAAUGCCAUGAUAUAAAAUGGAAUGUGCCCAGAAA